AUUUUAAAAUCUCCUUUCAAAAAUUUCCAAAAAAAUCUUAGUGUGCUAUGCUCUAUGGCUAUGCUUCAAGUACGUUGACAGUUGAAAUUCGUCUCAUCAGGCCCCUCCCUUUCUCUGUUCCCACAACCCUAGCUCAAAACCAUGGCCUUCUCUGCUACAUUCUUCAUCUCUUCCCCACCGUAUUUCACCCUUUCUUGCAGAAAUUAUAAAUCAUCUCUCUUUCCAAAAUCCAUUUUAGUCAAAGCUUCUUCAACUUCUCUGGAUUAUUCCACAGCCUCCGUGGCCGAUAAACCGAUUAUCCCAUUAAAGUCAAAUAACUGGGAAUGGAAACUUAAGGACAAUUCUAUCAACAUAUACUAUGAAGAACAUGUAAAGGAGAGCUCUGAUCCACCCAAAAAUAUCCUUAUGAUACCAACCAUUUCUGAUGUUAGCACAGUUGAAGAAUGGAGAUCAGUGGCCAGAGACAUUGUUCAACGUGUUGGUAAAAUUAAUUGGCAGGCUACAAUUGUUGAUUGGCCUGGUUUGGGUUUUUCUGACAGACCCAAAAUAGAUUACAAUGCUGAUAUCAUGGAGAAAUUUCUGGUUGACUUCAUAAACGCACCAGAUAGUCCAUUGCAGUACUCAGAUGAAAAGGAUUUGGUGGUCUUUGCUGGAGGGCAUGCUGCCACAGUGAUACUUCGUGCUGCGAAGAAGGGUUUGGUUAAUCCAACUGCCAUGGCUGCUGUUGCACCAACCUGGGCUGGUCCUCUUCCUAUUGUUUUUGGUCGAGAUUCCAGCAUGGAAACAAGGUAUGGAAUGCUUAGGGGCACCUUAAAAGCCCCUGGUGUGGGCUGGAUGGUGUAUAACAUGCUUGUCAGCAAUGAGAAGGCAAUUAAAUCCCAGUAUCAAUCUCAUGUUUAUGCAAAUCCUGAGAAUGUGACUGCAGACAUUGUUGAAAGUAGAUAUGCAUUAACAAAGCGAAAGGGCGCUCGAUAUGCACCUGCUGCUUUCUUGACAGGUCUACUUGACCCGGUUAAAUCUCGAGAAGAGUUUCUUGAACUCUUUGCAGAUUUGGAUGGCAAGCUACCAGUUCUUGUUAUAUCAACUGAAGGAUCUCCAAAGAGGUCAAAAGCAGAGAUGGAAGCACUCAAAGGAGCCAAAGGGGUCAGCAAAUUUAUUGAGGUCCCAGGUGCUCUUUUGCCACAAGAAGAGUAUCCAAACAUGGUUGCUGAAGAGCUUUACCAGUUCUUGCAAGAAAAUUUUGAAUUCGGUCGUUAAUAAUAGUCAUGAAUAUAAACUCCAAUUUCCGCUUUCAAUCUCCACCGAGGCAUGAUAAGGUUGCAACUGUUACCCUGGAAUAACGAAGGGUAUAAACAAAUGUCUUUUAUUACAUAUAUAUAGAGAGAGAGCUAUAGAACAAUAAUUCGAUUUCAGCUUUAUCACAUUUGGACUAUUUGCAAGUAUAAAACUUUUUAUCUUAA